CCAUGCUGUUGCAAGGGCUCUCGGCUCAGAUUGCAAAGAUUUAGAUCUGUAAUCCGCUCGCUUAAUAUUUCUUGCCCACAAACAUGGCCGUCUCCCUCGCUGUCUUUGGAAUCUUCGCAGUGGUUCCAGCUGCAGCUGCGACCUGCAGCGGCAAUGAUGUCAACAUUUGGUCGACGAAAGGCUCUGCAGCCUUCUCGGACGAUAUGGAGACAUGUGGACGCCAAUGUGCUUUGUCGUCAACCGAAUGUGCAAGUGAAUGUGUGCAGAAACGGGAGGGUUACACUUCCUCUUGCGCAAGCUGCUUCGGUGGUGUGUUCGGGUGCACCCGAGAGCACUGCAAACUGAAGUGCGUCAGUGGGCAGACUCCAGCAUGCAAACAGUGCGUGAAGGAUGCAGGCUGCGCCGCCAGCUUCAGCACUUGCAGUGGCUUCACCCCACCCAGCACUGCGGCCACAGCAACCAGGGCUACCAACUGCACUGGGGCUGCAGAUCCACAGGCGAACGUUUGCUACGAGGGUUCAGCCAAGGAGCUGGCGUACAAAGAGACCGUCCAUGUGAAGGUCGAGUCUUUCAAGAAUGGACAGGGCGUCAUGGAUCUCAAUGGGUCUGGAGCUAAAAGGAUCAAUUGCCUCGGCAAGCAAUUCACCAAACAUGGGCAAGAGAUCACCACAGAUCUCAGUGACUGCAGCCCUGCUUUGCUGAAAUUGUCGGAUGUAAAGUACUGCUCCAAUCAGGACAUGGUGAUGGUGACUGCUAGUGUUGCAGGAUUUUCUGAACAUCUUUCAUUGAGCAAAGUGGCUUGCGAAGCAGAGAUGAUUGUAUGAAAUCAAGUCCAGCCGUUAGCCACAAAACCGCACGUGGUGUAGUGAGACAGUUUUGAAUCUGUCAUUUGCUCAGCUAAACCCUGAGCCCUGAGCAUUUUUGAGCAAAUCGUUGAUCCUUGAUCCGCUUUUAGUCACUAAAGUCCAAAGCUGCCAUCGAUGCAGUUGGUAUCAUAGCAGCAGUGCAGAAAAAGGCAGAUUCUCAUCCCUGCUGC